AGUCUGUAUUAAGUGACUCCUCCUCGCCUUGAUGUCGCGUCUCUAUAUUAAUUGAAUGCCUGCAAGAAAAGAAGACGAGAGCACUUUGUGUACCGCUGUCCAUCACAGUCUGUACUUAAUUUAGGAAAUAUUGGUUUUUGCCACUUUUUUUUAUAAGUAAGUUGUUGUUUUUUUGGUGAGAGGAAUCCCUGCGCGAUCAUGAAUCCGCCCUGUGGAAGAUGCAAUAAGCCAGUUUAUCCCACAGAAAAAAUUAAUUGCCUUGAUAAGUAUUGGCACAAAGGUUGUUUCAGCUGCGAGGUAUGCAAGAUGGCCCUGAGCAUGACGACCUACAAAGGCUUUGAGAAGAAGCCUUACUGCAGUAUGCAUUACCCAAAAACCUCCUUCACCAUAGUGGCCGACACCCCCGAGAAUCUGCGUCUCAAACAACAGAGCAUGCUCAACAGCCAGGCGCUCUAUAAGGAGGACUUUGAAAAGAACAAGGGGAAAGGUUUCAGCGUGGUGGUCGACACUCCGGAGAUGCAGAGAGUGAAGAAGACGCAAGACCAGAUCAGUCACGCUCUUUACAAGGAGGACUUUGAGAAGAACAAGGGGAAAGGUUUCAGCGUGGUGGUCGACACUCCGGAGAUGCAGAGAGUGAAGAAGACGCAAGACCAGAUCAGCAACAUAAAGUACCACGAAGAUUUUGAGAAGAGCAGGAUUCGAAGUGACGCACCUCCUCCUGAGAACAGACAAGACCAUGAAGAACAACCAUCCAACCCUGAGAGAUUCAGUCAGCCGGUCGGACAGAUGUGUCCUGCUGCUGUAGCACCACCUGGUGGAGGGAAACGUUACCAGGCUGUGUACAGCUACGUGGCAGCGGAGCCAGAUGAAGUUUCUCUGCAGGAAGGCGACCUGCUCUUAGACGUGGAGCCGAUAGAUGAAGGGUGGAUGUUCGGAUGCAACCAGCGCACGGGGCAUCGGGGCAUGCUCCCUGCUAACUACGUCCGGCCCGUGUGAAACAAGAUGGUCCUCCUCCAGCACGAGAUGCCCUGGGACU